AUGAUCCCGCACUCACUUGCUCCGCCCACUCUGCUAGUACCUCUUCCGCCCACCAGGAUAGCAGCAGCCGCCACACCGACGCGUGCUCUGCUUGUUCCAGCUGCACCUGCUGUGGCGACAUCAGACUCUCCUCCUUUCGCAAUACCUGCUGCUAGCGCCUUCCCCCCAGCUUGCAUUCCGGUAACCAGGGGUACAGGGAGCAUUGCCACGGGGGAAGAGGGGGCGGGGGGGACGGCGAUGGCGGAGGUGGGGGCUUUGGGGACAUGGGAGGGGGGGGCGGGGCAGGGGGAAGGCGAGGGUGCGGGGGAGGGGGGUGUGGGGAAGGAGGGGGGUGCGGCGGAGAGGGGAAGUGAGGGGGGGGUGAGCAAGGGUGGGGGAAAGGAGGGGAUGGAGGUUGAGGAGGAGAGGGGAGGGCGGGGGAGGGUGGUGGGGGCAUGCAGCGCCAGGGCCAGAGGGCACACCACCAUGCAGCAGGCUCGUCCCCCCCAUCAGGCGGGGGAGGGGGUGGGGGGCGACAGGGGUCUGGUGGGGGAGGGGGGCCAGAGGGGCGGGGUGGGGGGAAAGGAGGGCUGGGGGAAGGGAUGUGGGGCAGGGGCGGAGAAGGGGCGGUGUAGGGAGGGAGGGGGGGAGCCAGGCAGGUCCAGGGCCAGAGGGCGCACCACCAGCCAUAAGGGGGGAGAGGCGGGGGGGAAGGGGGGGGAGGCGGAGGGGGAGAAGGGGGAGGUGGGUGAGGUGGGGGCGGGGAUGGAGGAGGGAAUGGCGGAGGAGGAGAAGGGGGGGGAUGGGGAGGAGGGGGGGAUGGGGGAGGACGGGGAGGAGGGGAAGGCGGAGGGGGGGAUGGAGGAGGUGGUGGUGAUGGUGGGGGAGGAGAAGGAGGAGGAGGGGAAGGAGGUGGGGGAGAUGGAGGGGGGGAGGGAGGGGGGGAGGGAGGAGGGGAAGGAGGAGGGGAAGGAGGGGGAGAGGGAGGAGGGGAAGGAGGAGGGGAGGGAGGAGGGGAGGGAGGGGGAGAAGGAGGAGGGGAGGGAGGAGGGGAGGGAGGGGGAGAAGGAGGAGGGGAGGGAGGAGGGGAGGGAGGAGGGGAGGGGGGAGGGGAGGGAGGAGGAGAGGGAGGAGGAGAGGGAGGAGGGGAGGGAGGAGGAGAAGGAGGGGGAGAGGGAGGGGGUGAGGGAGGAGGGGAGGGAGGAGGGGAGGGAGGAGGGGAGGGAGGAGGGGAGGGGGGAGGGGAGGGAGGAGGAGGGGAAGGGGGUGGGGGGGAUGGAGGAGGAGAGGGAGGAGGGGAGGGAGGGGGAGAGGGAGGAGGAGAGGGAGGGGGAGAGGGAGGAGGGGAGGGAGGAGGAGGGGAAGGAGGUGGGGGAGAUGGAGGAGGAGAGGGAGGAGGAGAGGGAGGAGGAGAGGGAGGAGGAGAGGGAGGAGGAGAGGGAGGAGGAGAGGGAGGAGGAGAGGGAGGAGGAGAGGGAGGAGGAGAGGGAGGAGGAGAGGGAGGAGGAGAGGGAGGAGGAGAGGGAGGGGGAGAGGGAGGAGGGGAGGGAGGAGGAGGGGAAGGAGGUGGGGGAGAUGGAGGGGGAGAGGGAGGAGGAAAGGGAGGAGGAGAGGGAGGAGGAGAGGGAGGAGGAGAAGGAGGGGGAGAGGGAGGGGGAGAGGGAGGGGGGGAGGGAGGGGGAUUUGGAGGGGGAGAAGGAGGAGGGGAGGGAGGAGGAAAGGGAGGGGGAGAGGGAGGAGGUGGCGAGGGGCGAGGAGGAGGGAGAGGGGGGGGGAACGGGGGACGAGGAGGAGGAGGCCUGCGCCUGGGGGGGGGACAGGGGGGGCAGGGGGGGGGGGGUGAGGGAGGAGGAGAGGGAGGAGGAGAGGGAGGAGGAGAGGGAGGAGGGGGAGAGGGAGGAGGAGGAUAGGGAGGAGGGGGAGAGGGAGGAGGAGGAGAGGGAGGAGGGGGAGAAGGAGGAGGAGGAGAGGGAGGAGGGGGAGAGGGAGGAGGUGGAGAGGGAGGGGGAGAGGGAGGAGGAGAAGGAGGAGGAGGUGAGGGAGGAGGGGGAGAGGGAGGAGGAGGUGAGGGAGGAGGGGGAGAGGGAGGAGGAGGAGAGGGAGGAGGAGAGGGAGGAGGAGGGGAGGGAGGAGGAGGGGAGGGAGGAGGAGGAGAGGGAGGAGGAGGAGAGGGAGGAGGAGGAGAGGGAGGAGGAGGAGAGGGAGGAGGAGAGGGAGGAGGAGAGGGAGGAGGUGGUGGGAAAGGAGAGGGAGGAGGGGGUAUGGAAGGGGGAAGAGAAGGAGGAGGAGGAGAGGGGAGAGAAGGAGACGGGGGUGGGGGAGUUGGAGGGGGGGGAGAUGGAGGGGGGGAAAAGGGGGGAAGGGGAGAUGGAGGUGGGGGGGAAGAGGGGGGAGGGGAAGAUGGAGGUGGUGGGGGAGAGGGGGGAGGGGGAGAAGGGGGAAGAGAUGGAGGAGAGGGAGGAGGGGGAGAAGGUGGGGGAGAUGGAGGAGGAGGGGGAGAGGGGGGAGGGGGAGACGGAGGGGGAGAUGGAGGUGGGGGGGGAGAGGGGGGAGGGGGAGAAGGGGGGGGAGAUGGAGGAGAAGGAGGAGGGGGAGAAGGUGGGGGAGAUGGAGGAGGAGGGGGAGAGGGGGGAGGGGGAGACGGGGGUGGAGAGGGUGGAGGUGGAAAGGGAGGGGGAGGAGACGGGGGAAUGGGAGGGGGAGGUAGAGGAGGUGGAGAGGGGGGAGGAGGUGAUGGUGGGGGGGAUGGAGGAGGGAGGGAUGGGGGGGGAGGAUAGGGGGGCAAGGGAGAGGGGGGCAAGGGAGAGGGGGGAGGAGGAGAAGAUGGAGGUGGGUGAGUGGGCGGGGGAGGGGCGUAGGGUGGGUUGGGAGACGGCGGGGAUGGGGGCUGGGGUUGAGGGGAUGGUGGGGGCGGAGAUUUUGGGGGAGGGGAGGGUGGUGGAGGGGGAGGAGGAGAAGGGGGAGGCGGAGGGGGAGAAGGGGGAGGGGGAAAAGGGGGAGGGGGAAAAGGGGGAGGGGGAGAAGGGGGAGGGGGAGAAGGGGGAGGGGGAGAAGGGGGAGGGGGAGACGGGGGAGGGGGAAAAAGGGGAGGAGGAAAAGGGGGAGGCGGAGCAGGGGGAGGCGGAGAUGGGGGAGGAGAAGGGGGAAAGGGGGAAGGGGGAGGGGGAGAAAGGGGAGGGGGAGAAGGGGGCGGAUUGA